ACUGGUCUGACUUAGAGUCUCUAGUCUGACUACCCAGUCAGCUGGCCCUCCUUAGCCUUGUUACCCCAUUCUCCGACUAGUCUUCUCCUUUUUUGACAUCAAAAAGGCUGUUUGGGCCGGAAAGCCACACGAUCCAGGCCUUGGUGGGCCGGGCCCAAGGCCCAACAUUGAGCGGCGUAGACCUAGUGGGUCGGUCGGAGCAUCCCCGUGUUCAUUACGCUGACUGGGGCCACUCCAUCCCGAUUUGAAGAAUCGAGGCCAGUCCCGAGGCUAGCUGGCCCAGCGAGGCUAACGAGCGAGAGGCCAAAGGGCAGGCCGCCAGCUAGCCCGCAGUCAUAGAUGUUCUGGCUGGCUGUUUGGCUGCCUGCCUGACAGACUCGUUUCCCACAUACACUGUGGAGGUCGAUGGCUCAGAUCUGAGCAGGCCACCCGCUUCAACAUGAACAUUCCGAUCGAGAAUUGAGCGCUUGAACCGUCGAUCCCAACGCGCUUCCUCCCGCUGCGGCACCCGCAGUUAAUUAUGACCGGCCUGGUCUGACCGGGCUCGGCUGUUUAGUGACCCACCCGCCACCCCAGGCCAGUGGAGGAGGAUAAAAUGGAUGGGGCAGUGGGAGCGGGAGCGGCGGCCGCCACCGGCAACCCACCCUCGUCGACGCAACUUGAGUUCACGCAGGCCAUGUCAGAUUUCAAGACCAUGUUCCCUUCCAUGGACGCCGACGUGAUUGAAACCGUUUUGAGGUCGAACAAUGGUGCGGUGGACGCUACCAUUGACCAUUUAUUGGCCAUGUCGGCGGACAACGAGCUGGGUGUCACGCCGGAUACGGGUCCGCCUUUGGCUGGGGUGGAUCAUCCACCCGAUUACCCGCCCAGCGCUCAUCCCCCCACGUAUCAGCAAGCCACGCAAGAGGAAGCUGCAGACCUGAUUCGUUUGGAAGAGGCCACUACUUCGUCGUUGAAUCUCGGCCCGACUCUCCCAUCUGGUCCGGGCACCAGAUCUUCUUCUCAUCCCGGCUGGGAUUUAUUGUCAGACACACCCCACUCGCUGGGCGUGUAUACCGGAGAAUCGGAUCAGUCACAAUUGCCCCCGGGCGCUACCAGUUUGCCCGGUCCGCCGGGUCGGGCCUACUCGCAUCCAAAGCGGGUGGAGGCUGAGCGUCCGCCCUUGUGCGACGAGUCGUCCUCUUCUGCGGCAACGGGUGCGCCGGUGGGGGGUUCAUUGGUACCUACCCGUCAAAUGCUCCAAGAUCAAUACGAAGCGAAUCUCAAACAACGUGAAGCGGCUCGAACGGGUCCGGGUUCACCCACUAGUCAAGAGGCCAGUGCAUUGGCCCAAUAUUUGAAAGACGAGCGACUCGCGCUCAUGAUGCAGAAUGAAGAGUUCAUGGCCGAAUUACGCGGUGACAACGAUUUCAUGUCCUGCCUCGACCAGGAGGCCAACUGGUCCCCCACGGUUGGCAGUGGUUCGGGUCCGAUACGCUCGCCUCCGGCCUCCUCGGCCAAAUCUUCCAUGGACGAGGCUUUGUUUCGAGAGAAACUGCGCAACAUGGGCAAAUCUUCCAAACGCAAGUUCACCCAAUUAGCCGGGAUGUUUUCACGGCGCAAGGGCAAUCGGCCUUUUCUGGGUGCGACAGGCGCGCCUUCCAAGGACAACUUAUUGUUGAAUUCGGAUUCGUUAACCGGAGCAGACGAGGAUGACGAAGAUGGGCUCGAGUCAGAGGGCAAUACGCCGGAGAUGUCUCGGAAAACCCCUUCCAAAGGGAAGUACACGUCGUUCUCUUAAUGAACUUACCCAUCCCAAGCGAUGAUUGGGAGCCUUUCGGUGAUAACGUAUGAUUGUGAAGCAACUACUAAUCUAUUAUUGAGUUUUCGAUCCUGCAGAUGUGCCCACGAAAUAUAUUUUCCUUUUCAACUCUCAAAA